AUGGUCGGUUGUUGUAUACUCGAUAGUAUCGUCAGUUCAAUUAUGCUCCCAAGAUUGAAAAGUAAAGUACAGCGCUUGAUGAGAAACGAAGCACUACCUACACGGAAUCAAUCAAUCAUGACUGAAGUGAUAGCUAAAACUUCACGAAUUGAUGAGAAGGCUAAACCUAAAUUUUUUCAUCAGUUUAAACUAAUUCGACGUUAUUUCUCAAAUCCUACACUUCGCCUACGGGAAUAUCAUCACAAGAGAAGUACAGAAAAACCACCCAAAUACAUUCUGUGUCAUCAAGGUCAUAUGGAAUAUCAUGAUAAUAACACCUUUCAUCUUCAAAAUAUUACAUCACCAAAAAUGUCCACUUCCCAACGUAAAACAAAUCACUGGACAAUUAAACAAUUUAAAAAACGCAUUAGAACAAGCCAUAUGAUUAAGAGAAAUCGGCAGAAAUCCGCUACAUUAUCAGUUGAGCCUACAUGUAGAAAUACCUUCGAAGGUUUACAACGAAUAGAACCAAAAUAUCACACUUUAAAGGAAAUCACUACCACCACCACCACAACAACAACAACACCAGACAUCUUCUCUAACUUUAAGCACAGUUUAAGUAACCUGGAUCCCGGUAUCAUUACCUAUGCAACAAUUGAUGAAGUUUCCUUACAGUCAAUCUCAGUGGAUUCUUUAAGUUUUGAUGAAUCUGAAAAUGAAACGCACAAUCAGAAGCUUCAUAAACAGAUAACUAAUUUAGAUGAGGUUAUAAUCGAAAACAAACUGAAUUAUAAGCCAAUAAUUGAAUCAGACUUUGUUGAUAAAAUCUUAAAAGAGUCCGGAUUAAAUGCAAACUGGACUAUUGACAGUAAAUCUUGUCUACAACAACACCAGAAACAAUAUCAUCAACCAUUGAAACAUUGUACAUCAUCAAAUGUUCAAUUGUCAGUGUCAGAUAUUUAUUCAAUUUUUGCUAGUCAUGAUCAACUUGAUGUAGGUGAAAAGUCAUUGAUUAAAAAGACAAAUGGAGAAUUCAAUCGAAGAACAACUGAUUCAUUUCAGCAUCAAUGCUCAACUUAUGCAAAUCCAUCUGAGGUAUCUAAUAACUUUGAAAAGUUAAUCUUGUUUCAACAAGCUUAUCGAAGAUGUAGAAAUUUGUUUCGUAUCAUCAUCACCCCAUCACCAACAUUUGAAAAAAACUCCUCUGUGAAUGAACACAAAUCGUUGAGCUCAAACCUGAACAAACUAAAGGCUGGCUUGGAGACAAUAUUUACUCACCUCUAG